UAUAUGCACAAACUCCAUUUGAUAUGUACUUUCAUGGUGCAUAAUUGGAUUUUUCCAGAAUUGCUCAAUGCAAAAGGUCAAAUUUCAACUGGACUGUUAAAUGAACCAGGGGCAAAAUCGUCCAACUUGUGAAAUAAUUGGAAUUUUUGAGUGGGGAUUUUUGCAACACCUCACAAAUGGCAUUUGAAAUUUGUUGGAAUAUUCACAACAUGCCUAAGCCUUGUGGUUUGAGAAUUGGGUUUGAAAAUGAAUUGGAAAAAUGGACACAUAAGCCAUCACAUGGUGAAAUUGGAAAAUAUUGGGAAUUUGAGAACAAGGCCAAUGCAACCAGCUCCAAAAGGGUAUUUUUGACUUGUUUCUAAGUGAUAAAAUUCUGCAGGAAAUUGCUUCUGAGCAUCAAAGGUUAAAAAGUUCAAAAUGCAUCAUAAGCUAUUUUUACACUAAUCCAUCUUUUAGCUUAAUUGUAAUUAAAGUAAGGUUAGGAACUGCAUAUAUAAUGUUAAUUACUAACAGAAAGAAAGGAGAGCUAACAACAACUAAUCACACUUUCUGUAAUUUUUUUUCACAAUUCUCACAAUUACUCUCUCAUAAUCACUCUCACAACUCUCUAAUCACAAUUUCACAACCAUAAUUCACAGAAUCAAAAACUAUCACCAUAACAGAAAAAUCAAAAAGAGAGAAUUCUCUCAUUCUUCCAAAACUUUUCAUCAAGAAUUUCGCCUUUUCUUCUUCAAUUCUUCAAUUCUUUACUGAUCAUAGUGCUUAGCUAUCUGCAGUUGGAUCAUUGGUAUGGUUGAGGAUUGUUUUUUGCAGGAAUCCAUUGGAAAAGCAAGAAGAAUCGCAGCUGUUGCAAGAUCCUGAACAUCCAUAUCAGUCGCCGAUUCUUGAGCGUUUGUGCAUCGUUGAGCUGAAGUCGCGUCAUCAUUCAUCUGCUACAACCAAUUGCUGCAUCUGUUUUGAUAUCUUGAAGCUCAUCCGCGCGAUUCCGAUACUGCUAGCUUCGGAAGAAUGGAGUCUAGAUCUGGAGCUGGUAAGAAGAGAAAAGGAGAUGCAACUACUUCCAGGACCGUGCCGAUUCAAUUCGACCACGACAAGUUUGUAGGCCCGAAACAAGCGGCACGUUACAUCGCUUUGGAGAAGCGAAAAAUCCUUCCUGAGAGGCGUUUUCUGAUCAACCCGCAGGGCACUUACCGAACUUUCGCCGGGUUGAUAGACGCCAAGAAGUGGGAUAGGUUGAUAAGUCCCUUGGAGCAUUAUGACAUUGGUACAGUGCGGGAGUUUUAUGCUAACGCACUGCCCGACGACGACGAGCCCUUCACUUGGGUUUCUAGAGUUGCCGGGCGUACUAUUCCUUUUGACCGGGAUGCGAUCAACAGAAUCCUAGGGGAACCGCUCCAGCUGGGAGCUGAUCAGAGAGACCAGUACCACACCGACCUCAGACUUCAUCGAGACGUCGCUGCCAUUACCACCGACCUGCUUUUGGCUGGGAGAUCGGUUGAGCCGAACCCAUCUGGGGUUCCUGUGAGAUAUCACCGGGAGGACAUGACUCCCAUGGCUCAGCUGAUUCUACUUCUGGUUUUAACCAACAUCCAACCCAAAUCACACACCUCUACUGUGCCGAUCCCAGUGGCACAUUUAGUCCAUUCCAUCCUCACUAAUGUUGAGAUAGAUGUGGCGAGGAUAAUCGCCAAUGAGCUGAAGACUAUGGUUGAGAGUGGGCUGAAAUCGGGGGCUCGUGUGAAUUGCCCACUGGCCUUCCCGUGUUUGAUUAUGAGCUUAUGUAUUCAGGCUAGGGUCCGGCUUCCGUCUCGUGGACAGGUUAGAAUCCCGGCACCUAUAGAUGAUAGGUAUGUGGCUAAGUACUGUAGAGCUAAGACUUCUGGUGGCAGUGCAGCCUCAGGAAGUACUCGGGCUGCUGAUGGUCCUAGUGCUUCUUCUCCCGGACUUGAUCCGUACCUGAGGGCUGUUUGUGACUACAGUUUUGAGUGGAUGGCAGCAUCCCAACGAGCUAUGAUUGAUAUGCAUAACAGUAUGCAGAGGUUGGAGCUGCAAGGUAAUGACCCCUCCGGUGCUCGAGCAUUGUUAGCGCGUGAGCAGUUUAUGCUCAACGCUAAUUGGCCUGUGGACAGGCCAGUCUAUGGUGAGGGGGUGGACGCUGAAGCUGAGAAUGAUGAUGAUAUUGAUGAUGAGGGUACCGGUUCUGAAGCCGGUAGUGAAGAGGAGUCUUGAGCCCUUUGUGGGUUAAGUUUUUGAGUAUUUGUAUUUCAGUUUUUAUUAUGUCAUUUUUAUUUGUACUUU